GCAAAAAACCCAAGAAGAGCAAGAGAAAGCAUGGGGCUUCACUCCCCAGGCUAAGGAUAAGAAUGGACAACCUAUAUACCGCAACCCAAAGUUCAGUAACGGGACUGUGGCUAUGUUUCUGUUUGGGUUUAUCAUCGCGGGCAUCCUGGUGAACAGUUGGCGCUGGAAUAGCUACUCGUCUAAG